AUGUACUUCGUACCGGGCCUCUUCAUCCUGGUGGCACUUUUGUCCUAUAAAAUCGCGUCAGUCAUUAUCCACCGACAACGGAACGCACGAAAAGCCGCGCGUCUGGGAUGUGUACCACCUCCUACCGCCCCUCGAAAGGGCUUCCUUGGAAUCGGCACCCUCAGGGAAAGCAUCCGGGCAACGCGCGAGGACAGAGGGCCAAUCUGGAUGCAUGAAAAUCUAAACGCCAUCGGCAAGACAGUCCACACGGUCAGGGCCGCCAUCUUCGACUAUGAAUUGAUCAUCACGAGAGAUACGCAAAACGUCAAGGCUAUGUUCGCUGCGCAGUCGCAGGACUUUGACAUUGGGCUACAUCGGGAAAAAUGCUUCAAGUCCCUGCUGGGUCCUGGGGUGAUGACCAACCGACAAGAGAAAUGGAGGCAUUCAAGACGUCUUAUUCAAUCGCAGUUUGCCAGAGAUAACGUCGCGGACCUCGACCUCUUCCAGAGACACCUGAACGCUCUAUUGCGAAGGAUGCCAGUAUCCGAAGAUGGCUGGACAGCGAAGGUCGAUUUGUCUCCCUUAUUCUACAGCUUCACCCUGGACACCUCGACGGAAUUCUUGUUCGGCCAGUCGGUGCAUACCCUGAGCCCUGAAGAGCGCCCGGGUAUGCUAUCAUGGGAUCCGAACGCCCCUGACCUUAGAGCUUUCGGAUACCACUUGGACGAGGCCAAACACAUUAUCGACAGGAGAGGCGCUUUGGCCAAAUACGGCUGGCUUCUGCGGGACAAUUCCUUUCCCGAUCACUGCAAUGCUGUACAAGACUGCGUUGACUAUUUUAUCCGGAAGAGGCUUGAUGGUAGCUGGGACGAGCGCAAAGUGGAUGAAACGAUGAAUGGACGGCCGAAAUUCAUCCUUCUUGAUGAACUUAUAAGCAAGACCAAAGAUCGUUACGAGUUGAGAUGCGAGCUGCUGAAUGUCCUCCACGCAGCAAGGGAUACCACGGCAUCACUGUUGGGCUGGUCAUUCUACUUUCUGGCGCGACAUGCCGACGUUUUUGCGAGACUGCGUAAAGAAGUGCUGGAUUCCUUAUCGGCCGACCCGAAUGGCCAGAUCACCUUUGCUCAGCUAUGGUCUUGCAAGUACAUGCAGUGGUUUCUGAAUGAGAUCAUUCGCACGGUUGGCAUCGUCCCAAUGAACGAACGCGUGGCUGUCCGAGAUACCACGCUGCCUUGCGGUGGUGGGCCUGAUGGACAAAGCCCCGUGUUCGUGCCGAAAGGAACUCAGGUGCUCAUCCCGACCUACUCAAUGCAGCACCGUGAAGAUAUCUGGGGUGCUAGUGUCGACGAGUUCAAGCCGGAAAGAUGGCAGGAUCGCAGAUUCGGGUGGGACUUCAUUCCUUUCGGCGGAGGGGCUCGCCAAUGCCUUGGACAACAAUUCGCCCGGACAGAAGCAAUGUACACAAUCUCGCGAAUGCUGCAAGUGUUUGACAAGAUCGAAAAUAUGGAAGGUCCAGGCCCGAUCAAAAUGCAUCAGACGAUUGAGAACAGGAGUGGAACAGGGACGCAGGUUCGUCUACACUUGGCUUCUUCCUCCUCCAAGAGCCCUUGCCACAGGGGAGGAUCCGAGGGCGAACUGAGCUUGAGUGAGCCCUAUGAUCUUGGUUUGGGUGCUGAAAGAGGAGAGAAGCUGGUGUGA